AUGGCAGCUUAUGGAGCUCUGGUUUCUCUUAUGCAUAUCAUAGAUAGGAUAGAGAAUCAUCCUUCCCCUCCAAUUUCUCUCGACAAUCAACAAGUUGAAUCUCUUACUGAAAAUGUUACCUUCUUGCAGGAAUUUCUUGAUGGUUAUAUGAAUAUCUCCCCAGUCGUCGAUGACCAUGAAGCGGAUCUAUUGGAGCGUCGCAUUGUUGAUGCAGUUUAUGCAUCUGAGGAUGUCAUUGAAUCACAAAUUGUGGUUCAAACUGAUAACCGAUCCACAAUUCGUGGGAUGAUGUCCAGUUUCAUCAACUUGUUUCGAGCUCUGUGUAAAUGCGCAACUAUUGAGGAGGACUUCUAUCACGAUCUACAAGAAGUGAUAGAAGAAAUGAAUUUGAUCAGGAAGGAAGCCUUGGAGAUUGCAAACGCAGCUGAUCAACUGCAGAGAAAGGUAUCCUCAACUCUUGCUGGCUCCUCUUCCACUGUGAAAGAAAGCAUGAUGGUGGGCUUCGACGAGGUGUUACUUGAAGUGCUGGAUAAGCUCACCAGAGGCCAACUCAGUCGCCAAAUCAUCCCAAUCAUGGGGAUGGGCGGCAUUGGUAAGACCACUCUUGCCCGACAUGUAUUUGAGCAUGCGCUUGUUAAGGAGCAUUUUGAUAUUUGUGCUUGGACUACAAUUUCUCAAACUUAUAAUGUAAGAGAAACACUUAGAGAAGUUCUUUUCCAAGCAAGUGGAAAUUCAGGUGGUGAUCUGAGUGAGGGCGAAUUGGGAUUAAAACUAUACCAGUAUUUAUGGGGUAGGAGGUAUCUCAUAAUUAUGGAUGAUAUGUGGAUUAUAGAUGUGUGGGACAAGAUCAGGUCUUCCUUUCCUGAUUGCAAUAAUGGGAGUCGAAUAAUAGUAACAACUAGGCUGUCAAACUUGACUUCGCAGUUGGGUGAGUCUUAUGGCGUUGGUAUGAAAUUUCUAGAUAAGGCUAGUAGUUGGGAUUUGUUUACCAACACUGUGAUUGGGGGAGAAAGUCUUCCACCUGAGUUGGAGGAUAUUGGAAAGAAUAUUGUAGAAAAUUGUAAAGGGCUUCCUUUAUCGAUUGCUACAAUUGGAGGUCUUUUGGCAAAAUCUGAGCGUACUAGAGAAUAUUGGGUGCGUAUUGAGCAAAAUUUAAAUUCAAUUGUGAUUACGAAUAAUGAUGAAUUUUGCUUGAAAAUAUUGCGAGUGAGCUAUACCUAUCUGCCCAACUAUUUGAAGCCGUGCUUUUUGUAUAUGGGUGUUUUUGAGGAAGAUCGUUCAAUUCGUGCCUCAAUGUUGAAGAAGCUAUGGGUUUCAGAAGGAUUUUUAAAACCCGUGAGUGGAAAAUGUUGGGAAACAAUAGCAGAAGAGUACUUGAAGGAGUUGGUAGAUAGAAAUAUGAUUUUAGUUGAUAAGUUGGGGUUUAGUGGAAAUGUAAAGUUUUGUAAGAUUCAUGAUUUAUUGAGGGACUUAUGCUUGAAAGAAGUUGAAAAGGAGAGGUUUUAUCAUAUCAUAGAAAAGUCUCCUUCAGUGAUAUAUAACGAACCUCGUCGGGUUGUUUUUCAAAAUGUUGGAAGUAGGGUAAUAAGUGAAAUCUUGGGAUCUUUGUCACAUGCUCGUUCUAUAAUAUGUAAUGACGACGGGAUAAACUUUGAAAGGUCUCACAAUUUUAGAUUGUUGAGAACAUUCAAAGAGUAUGAUAGAGAUACACGUCAACUUGGAAGUGGUGAUCAUUUCCUAGGCGAUGUUUUUCAAUUGGUGAACUCACGACACCUUGCUGUCAGAGUUAAUUGGAAGUCCAAAUUCCCGUCUUCUAUCAAUUUGCUUUGGAAUCUAUAUACGUUAAUAGUUGCUCAGUCUUCAUUCGAAAUGUCUUCGCAUGAAGUUGUUGCACCGAUUGAGAUUUGGAAAUUGCAUCAACUUAGGCAUCUCGAGUUUGUAGAAAAAGCAUUGAUUCUCCCAGAUCCUCCGAGUGAUGAUAUCGUUAUCAUGGAGAAUCUACAAACGCUCAGAGGAGCGAAGAAUUUGUAUUUGAAUGAGGAGGUGGUUCAGAGAAUUUCCAAUGUCAAGAAAUUGCAUCUAAUUUACGAAAGGGGAGAUAUGAACGGUUGUCUCAUCAGUUUGAGUGAAUUGAAACAAACGGAGAGAGCAAACUCUUUCAGCUAUCUUGAGUGUCUGAGUAAACUGGAAAAAUUGUACUGCCACUUCUCUUUUGAUUAUGGAUAUGCUGAGUAUUUUCAGAGGAUUAGUUUCCCACACUCCCUCAAGAAGUUGAACUUAUCUCUCGAUUACUCUUAUCAUGUGGAGUUGGUAAAGAUAUUGGAAAAGAUAGGGUGGUUGCCCCUUCUUCAGAAGUUAGUAUUAAAAAAUGGUAUCUUCAAAACAGGCAAGUGGGACACUAUCGAGGGUCAAUUUCGGAGCCUCAAGCUACUACAAUUGGACAAUUGUAAUGGUCUAAAAAAUUGGACGAUGGCAGAGAGCUCCCAUUUUCCAGUUCUCGAGGAGCUUCGUCUUCAAGGUUUGAUGGAAUUGGAGGAGAUCCCUUCAGAAGUUGGAGAAAUAGCAACGCUGAAAUCAAUUUAUUUGGAAUAUUGCAGUGAAUCAGCGGUAGAGUCAGCUGCAAAGAUAGUAGAAGAACAACAGGAUUUAUAUGGAGACCAACUAGACUUUCAUGUUCGAGCUAUAGCAAGUCCCAACUUUGUAAGCUUAUAA